UUCAUCCAAUCUUUUCACUCCCAUUCAGGCACCCCCAACCAAAAAAAAAGAAGAAGAAGAAAGGAAAUCAAGCAUGAAGUGUCUCAAGUUCUUCGCCAUCGUUAUGCUCAUUCUUUCCUUUGCUGCUGGAACAACUGAAGUAAUGAAGGAAGGAAAGCUUUGCUUCAAGGGGUAUGGCAUCACCAAUUGCACAAAGGAUACCUGCCACAAGGGCUGUUCUAAGGUCUUUGGACAGCGAGUGGGUUCUCUAUGUUAUGGUAGCACUAUUUGUAUUUGCUUCAUACCUUGUUGAGUGUUCCCAUAUAUUUUAAUAAAAUCUAGAAUUUAAU